AUGUAUAAGCCUCCGUUUGCUGGACCUUCCAAUUCAGCUGCCUUUUUUCCUCCUCGGGCGCCAGCACCAAUGCACCCUCAGCCUUCUGAAUACCGUCCUUCCCUCAAACCAUCGGGUAGCAAUGUCAUAGAUCUCACAGGAUCACCUUCGCCUCCUCCCCCUGCUCUCCCGCCGCCACCACCUCCUCAGCAGUAUCUUUUCCAGAAUGGGAACCAUCUGCCUCCAGACUUGGAUGCCAGAACAGCUAUAUGUAUAGGCCAACUCUCAGCUACAGCCCUUGUUCUUUAUCCUGUCCCUUACAUCGUUCAAGAACCUGGCUCAAUGGAACCUUCCUGGGUUCCAGUCAGGCUUCAGUAUGAACACAACCCGUCGAAGAUUGAGGGCUCUGAAACGAUUCACAUUAAGAUUCCGACUAAUAUUCCUGCCACCGGUGUUUGCGAUUCAUUUGGAGUUGUCGAGCAGAAAGUUGCUACAAAUCUAGGUGGGCUGUUGGGGAAAGGCUUGAUUAGGAUAGAGGCCAAAGUGCGGAAAGGUCCACCUAAUCUUCCAAUCUUACCUCUUCAAAUGAUCGUUUUCACCCCAAAAGGGAAUAUUCACGUCGUUGGACCAUUUAUGUAUCAGAAUAAUCUACUGUUAGAUCAUCCUACCCCUCCGUAUGAUCUUCAGAAAUACGGGCCUCUCUUUUACUUGAAUCCUCAUAAUCCCCCGCCCGGCGGCCACAAUCAAAUUCUGCACGCCAAUAAUAGGCUUUACUCUUCAAAUAAUGCUUCGCGAUGGACAUCGUCUCAGGUAUCUGCAAAGAGUGUGGAAGUGCAGAGAAGUCAGGUCGAUGAAGUUUUCAAGAGUAUAAAAGGCGGUGAUCAGUUGCCUGAGACUGAACCGGCACCCGAAAUAGCGACAACACUGUAUCCACACCAGAAAAAAGCGCUUACGUUCUUGCUAGAAAGGGAACGAGAAACACCCGGUCAAAAUGGCACCUUUUCUUCUCUUUGGCGACGACACAAGACUGGGAUGAAUGGUCGGGAUUUUUGGGUGCAUGCGGUGACUGAGAAGGAAAUGUUCGAGGAACCCCAGGAGGCGAAGGGUGCCAUUCUUGCGGACGAUAUGGGAUUGGGUAAAACUAUCACUUGCGUCUCGCUUAUAGCUGCCACUCUCGUAACUUCGAAGGCCUUUGCUUCCACCUCUGUUGAACAAAUUGAAUCUGCACAUGCCCUAAGUCAACAACAGGACAUUCCUGAUCCUUCUUCCUUUGCAGAUAGCGUUUGGGGGAUGCCUGAUCCAGCAGUGUCUUCAGCCAAGGCGAAAGCCAAAAUUCAGAGGAUGCAAGAAAAGAUGGCCUCAGAAUUUGUUCGUGCCUCCCGUAUCAAGAUCAAAAGUCGGGCCACGCUCAUCAUAUGUCCCCUUUCAACUGUUGCUAACUGGGAAGACCAAUUCAAAGAUCACUGGAAGGGCGAAGUAUUUGUCAUUGGUGGCGCAGGCGGCUGUACUCCUGCAAUGUCAUCUUCCCAAUGCUCGUCAACACCAGGAUCUUCUUCAGCGCAGCCAAUGGCUCUUCUCGGCGAUGUAAAGAUGAACAAGAAAUUAGGUCGUACACGAGAAGGCACAUCCUUACGCGUCUAUAUAUAUCACGGAAAUGCUCGCCGACCUGAUCCAACUUUUCUGGCAGAUUUUGAUGCUGUCAUCACAACUUAUGCCACGCUUGCCUCGGAAUAUUCGAAACAGUCCCGUAGCAUAGCCAGCGCAGAGGCUGACGAGGAAGAGGAGGAGAGUGAUGCUGACGGAGCAGGUGGAGUCGAGGUGGAUGCGAAUGGCAAUGAAAUACUCAGACUUCCCAAGCCGAAGAAGGGUACAAAGCGAAAAAAACCCACUGUUCUCCAUUCCAGUGAGGCCACUAGCGCACUACAGAGUAUACAUUGGUUCAGAGUGGUCUUGGAUGAAGCGCAUUGUAUUAAAGAAACCGGAACAGUCGCCAGUCGAGCUUCUUGCGAUCUGGUAGCCGAUCGGAGAUUAUGUCUGACGGGAACGCCUGUUCAGAAUAAGCUUGACGACGUCUAUGCACUCAUCAAAUUCCUUCGCUUAAAGCCGCUGGAUGACAAAAACGUAUGGACCGAGUGGAUUGGGUCACCGGUCAAAUUUGCUCAGCCUAUAGGCGUCGCUCGCCUUCAAAUGGUCAUGAAGUGCAUCACCCUUCGGCGAACCAAGGAAUCAACGACCGAAGAUGGCAAACGUAUCCUCUCUCUGCCUCCCCGCCGUGACGAACUCCGAUUCCUCAAAUUUGAUCCUCAGGAGCAGGCCAUUUAUAAUCAAUUCUUCAACGAGUCGAAAGCCGAAUUCACUGAAAUGUCGGACAAAAAUGAGGUCAUGAAGAAUUACGUUGGUAUCCUACAGAAGAUUUUACGACUUCGGCAGAUUUGUGAUCAUUUUGAAUUGGUCGAGGGCAAGGGAUUGACAUCAGAAGACCAGACCCUUGCUUCUAUGCAGGAAACUGUCGCUGCGAUCGAGAGAGAUGGGCUCACCCCCGCAUAUGCACAGGUGAUAUUCGGGUUCCUUCGUGAAGCAGGUAUGACACAAUGUGUCGAAUGUAGCGCGGAGCUUUCUACUGUUGGUGAAAACCAAGGAGAGGAUGAUACUCCGAGUGCACCCAAGCGGUCGAAAAAGUCGAAGAAUUCCUCUUCCCGGGCUUCUACUCGUGCUAAUAGUCCCACACUUCCAAAGGCCGUCCUUACUCGUUGUCAACAUCUUUUCUGUAUCGCCUGUUAUCGACAAUGUGUACACCCGGGUUGGCCCGAAGUAUUCUACCCCACCGCGCAGUCCGUCUCCGCUUGCCCCGCUUGUCAAACAGCCCUGCAGCCUUCAGAUGCGCUCGAAGUGAAAUCCGAGUCACUGGAGGGGCUGAAGAAGAAGUCAGCCAAACGCGAAAAGCGACAAAAGGGUCAAUCACUCCCGUUUACCCCUUCAACCAAGGUCCGAGCGCUAUUAGGAGAUCUCGUUCAAUUUUCAAAGGCCAACCCAUAUUCUGCUAAUUACGAUCCCGACUCGAUUGACAUACAGAUGACUGAUGAGAAAGGGAAUCAACUCGAUGAUGGUGUCGUGAAGACGGUUGUCUUCUCUCAGUGGACUUCCAUGCUUGACAAAGUCGAGGACGCACUAGAGGCUGCGGGAAUUCGUUACGAUCGCUUAGACGGCACGAUGAAACGAGAUGAUCGUUCUCGAGCGAUGGAUGCCCUCAAACACGAACCAAGCUGUGAAGUUCUGUUAGUCAGCUUGAAGGCAGGCGGCGUAGGUUUGAAUCUCACUUCCGCCCAAAGAGUCUAUCUCAUGGAUCCUUAUUGGAAUCCUGCCGUCGAAAACCAAGCUGUUGACCGGAUCCACCGACUUGGUCAAACCCGCCCUGUCACAACGGUGAAACUUAUUAUCGAGAAUUCCAUUGAAGAUCGUCUUUUGGCAGUACAAAAGAAGAAGACUGCCUUGGCUAACAUGACAUUGGGUCAUAGUAUGAGUAAAGCAGACAUGACGGCUCGCCGUUUGGAAGAGCUCCAGGAGCUUUUCAAGGACUGA